GGGAGGUGGCGAUGGUGCGCCCGGUGGUGGUGGCGGCUGCGGCGGCUUCCCUGGUCCGAGUGCAGGGAGGAGAAGAUGACUGACCGACCGACUGACUGAAUGAAUGAAUGGCGAAGCCGAGCGCGCCAUGAGGAGCCUGCCGAGCCUGGGCGGCCUCGCCCUGUUGUGCGCCGCCGCCGCCGCCGCCGCCGCCUCAGCAACCUCAGCGGGGAAUGUCACCGGUGGCGGCGGGGCCACGGGGCAGGUGGACGCGUCGCCGGGCCCGGGGCUGGGGGGCGAGCCCAGUCACCCUUUCUCUAAGGCCAUGGCUCCCACGGCCCAGGCCCCGAGGACCGGACCCCCGAACGCUACCGUCCACCGACCCCUGGCUGCGUCCUCUUCAGCCCAGCCCCUGGCUACCACCCCUUCUCGGGCCAGGGCCGAACCCACUCCGACCACCUUUCGGGCGCCGCUCGGCCCCUCGCCGAUCACACCUCUUGCGGUGGAACGUACUGGGACCACCGCUCGGGCGACGACCAGACCCGCUCCGACCACCCUCUCGACGACCACUGGCCCAGCGCCGACCACCCCAGUAGCGACCACGGUGCCGGCGCCCACCACUCCCCCGAUCCCGACUUCCAUUCUCCCCGGCGGCGGCAGCAGCAGCAGCGUCCCGCCCACCCCACCUGCCACCGAGGCCCCCUCGCCGCCUCCCCCAGGAUAUGUAUGUAACUGCUCUGUGGUCGGAAGCCUGGAUGUGAAUCGCUGCAACCAGACCACAGGGCAGUGCGAGUGUCAGCCAGGUUAUCAGGGUCUUCGCUGUGAAACCUGCAAGGAGGGUUUGUACCUGAAUCGUACUUCCAGGCUCUGUCUGCCAUGUGACUGUAGUCCACGUGGAGCCCUCAGCAUACUCUGCAACAGUUCUGGGAAAUGUCAGUGCAAAGUGGGUGUCACCGGCUCUUCAUGUGAUAGAUGCCAAGAUGGAUAUUAUGACUUUAAUAAGAAUGGCUGCUUGCCCUGCCAAUGCAAUAAUCGGUCUGCCAGUUGUGAUGCCCUCACAGGUGCUUGUUUAAAUUGCCAGGAUAAUAGCAGAGGGGAUCAUUGUGAAGAAUGCAAAGAAGGAUUUUAUCAGAGUCCUGAUGCCACUAAAGAAUGCCUUCGCUGCCCUUGUUCAGCAGUGACAUCUACAGGCAGUUGUAUCAUAAAACUCGGUGAAUUGGAACCUGAAUGUGUCCGGUGUAAAGAUGGUUACAUGGGCCAGAACUGCAAUGAAUGUGACAAUGGCUAUUACAAUUCUGACAGCAUCUGUAUGGAAUGCCAGUGUCAUGGCCACGUGGACCCAGUUAAAACUCCAAAGAUUUGUAAGCCUGAGAGUGGUGAGUGCAUCGACUGCCUCCAUAACACCACUGGGUUUUGGUGUGAGAACUGCCUAGAAGGUUAUGUUCAAGACCUCGAGGGAAAUUGCAUCAAGAAAGAAGUUAUUGUUCCAACACCUGAAGGUUCUACCAUUUUGGUUUCCAAUGCCUCUUUGACCACAUCAGUGCCCACCCCUGUUAUAAAUAGUACAUUUACCCCUACAGCCCUGCAGACUAUCUUUUCAGUAAGCUCUGCUGAAAAUACCACAUCAGCUUUAGCUGAUGUAUCAUGGACCCAGUUUAACAUCAUCAUUUUGACAGUCAUCAUCAUCGUGGUGGUGCUGCUGAUGGGUUUUGUGGGGGCCGUAUAUAUGUACCGGGAGUACCAAAACCGGAAACUCAACGCCCCCUUUUGGACCAUUGAGCUGAAAGAAGACAAUAUCAGUUUCAGCAGCUACCAUGACAGCAUUCCCAAUGCAGAUGUGUCAGGAUUGUUGGAAGAUGAUGGCAAUGAAGUGGCUCCCAAUGGGCAACUGACCCUGACGACACCAAUACAUAACUAUAAAGCCUAAGGAGCUAGAGCUGUUCUCCUGGAUUGUGAGACCGCAGUGCUUACUAAAACAGCAUCAGCGCCUGGGCCGAACAAAGCCUGGGUAGAGUCACUGAGAUGAGAAAGCAAAGGCAUAUAGUGCAUCUGAAAUUUUCAGGUACAAAUUUAUAAUGUACUUAGCCUAUUACCCUUAGAUUUCCCAUGAAGAUCUGAAGCAGUCACUGACAAUAAGGACUUGAAGUAAAGUCUAUUUUUGUACCAAACCACAUGGGAGUAUAGAAAGGCGGAACCGCAGAGUGCAGCCCAAAUCCACUUUGACCUCCAAACAGACUUCUGGGGAAGUGUUUAUCAGACCAGCGGAAACAGGAUGAUGGAUGUGGAGGGGGAAAGGACUGCCAGAAGACUUCAUCUCCAUUCCUGAAACACAUUUUUUUAAAGGAGGGGUCGGGGUGAUAUUCAUUGAGGAAAAGCUGAUGUUUGGGCUGUAUCACAAUAAACAACCUUGAUUAUUUCCAGAGUAGGGGCAGAAAAGUCCCAAGAAGAUCUUGAGAAGGGUUUUUUUUCCUUCCAGAAUUCUUGCUCAAUGAUAAGAUUAAAGCACAGGAUAAGCUUCUAAUGGUAGAGAGAGGGAGGCAACAUCUGGGAGCAGGAAGCUGAUGGUCCCUCCUUGGGGUCUCAGUAUAAAUGAUAAAUUGUCUAAAAAUAAGGAAUAUUCCUGCCUCUAGAGAAAUAAGGUGUAUAUAGUUAAUGUAGAAUAUCUGGGCAGCAUUGUAUUUGUAUCUAUUUGUAAAAAAAAAUCAUGUCAUAUUUUAUCAUCUAGAAUUUAUUUGUACAGCAGUUAAUGGAGUUGUAAAAAGAAAAUAUGGGGUUAAAAUACUGUAAAAUAGAUGGCAAUAUUGCUAGAGCUGGGACUCUGGUGAGCACCAGUCAUUUUUAGUCCCUCUUUGGACACUGUUGAAAUUCAUAAGAGGUUGGAUGUUUCUAAUUUUUCUUUCCCUUUUCAAUCUAAAAGUAGAGUUCUAUGGUCUUGGCUUCCUAUAGAUUCAAGCAAUAGAUUUUGCAGACAGUGUUUGUUAAGCUGGGACACAGGCUGCACUCUCCAAACUACUCACCUGAUUAGACAUUAGCCUCUCUAUAUUUUACAUAGAUUAAUGUAGAAUAUAUUCUCAUUAAAGGAUUUUUUUUACUGUAAAACAUAGUCUUCCAAAGGAAUUAGAAAUAUUUUAGUUCCAAAAGAAAAGCCAUCAUUAUUACUUGGGAUCCCCUGUGAAAUAUCAUGCCUGUGAAAUAUUUAUAUUCUCCCCCCACCCCAAAAUACUUCCUACAUUUGAACGUAGCCUGUCACUCACAUGCCAUGAGGUGUGUACCAUCUCUCUGCAGUGCUACAGUUCUUGUAUCUUCUUGUCUGGUUAGAGGGUAGCUCUGUAAUUGAGUGGCUAUAGUUGGUCCUUGCUUUUAGAUGCAGUUUUUUCUUAGAGGCUAUCUCUACCUUUGCUCUCAUCUAAUUAUGAUAUUGUAGAUUAAGCAAGCCAGGAAAGCAGCCAGAAGUCAAAUAUAGAUAUUUAUUAGGAAGGAGAGCAAACUGUCAAGUGGUUAGGAAAAAAAAACAAAGAUUAGACCUCGGAAAUCCAAGUUGGUAACUCUGCCUAACUUCCCCCGAGAAGAACCUGGAAUGUGGUCACAUCCCUCUGUAGUUGUUCUCAGGGUUUGGAGAUGAUGCUCUGGAGGAUGCACAGGCAGGUAAUCUACUUCUAUUAACCUUAGGUGCUCCGAAUAUUUGGCCAUGGUUCGUGAAAGUAGAGAUUAUAUUACAUUAAAAUUAGUUACUAUUUCUAUAGCCCUUUGCAGUUUGCAAAGCAUCUUUCUAUAUAUGUGUCCUUUGUUCCUCACCAUAGGCCCCUGAGGAAUAAUUGUUGUUCCCAUUUUAUAGGUGAGGUUAAAUGUCUUGUUCAAAGCUAUAUAAUAUGUCAUUAUUAGGCUUGGAAUCAGGACUCCUAACUCUGAAGCACAUGUUCUUUCAACCAUAUGCUUGUGCAGAAAUUGCCCAGCCAUGAACACAAGAAGGCUGGGAGGAAGAGCCCAUCUGUGAACGUUUCUAAGUUUUCUAAGUACGAGGUACAAUCCAGGGCCAUACAGCCAUGAAGGACUUUGUGGAAAGAACACAGGAGGAUUACUCUCUGAAGCCAGUAUUGGUGAUAAGAAAAUUAAAAUACCAGUUUGUGCUUCAUUAAAGUGAACUAAUCCUUCCAAGCAGGGAAAGGAAACCUGAUUUCCCCAGCAGCUGCCACAUACGCGUGUAUAGACUGUGCAGUGCAUAGUUCCAGGGAAUUGUGUAAAGUGGCAUACCUGCCUUUCCCCCAGAUGACUACCUCCUCAAGCCAGGGAUUGAGGAUGGUGAGAAAUAAGCGUUUGUUAAACAGAAGUUAACCGAAUAGAGAAAGAAAGAGUUUGUUGGCGUCUAAGAGCCAAAGCCAAAUAGUCUGGAUUCUGGCCAUGUAGAGAUUCCAUGAAACACACUUUAAAAGAUAUUGCAAAAACUGAACCACAAAGAAUGUUUACCUUUGGAUAUUUAUGAACAGUUCCUAGGUCAUGUUCUCAAUUUGUCCUGAUGGAAAAAAUUAAGGUCUUAAAAUCUGUUUUAAAUAAUAUUCUUUAGUGUCCCAUGCUUCUGCUGGUGGAAAUAAUUUUGCUCUAAAAUGAAAUCAAUCAUGAAGUGAUCUACCACCAAAAUCAGACUAGGAAACCAGUAUGGAAUGCAUUGUACAAUAGUCAUUUCUCUAAAGGCAUGAUCCCCAUGAACUAUGGCAUUUAGCACCAGGAUCCCAUACGUCCUUUAGAAAGACUAAUAUUGGAAGAAUUUUUGUCUAAGGAUUAGGAAUGCGUUUAUUUUCAAAUGAGAUAAGACUAGUAUGAAUCUUAUUGAUGAAUGACAGAUAUUGCUAUUAAGUGAUACUUUUAUCUUCAUUAAUUCAUUUUAGUAAGCCCUUCCGCAUUUCUGACAAAUGCCCUCGGUAGUGUUGCUAAGUAUGUCUGUCCUCCCUUACUUUCCCCUCCCUCCCUCCCUCCCUCCA